ACGACCUAGUUCGAUCCACGAACGAAACCAGCCAGCCGACCCGCCAACCAGCCCACCCGCUCGUCUCCUGUGCCGCGACAGGGGUUCGUCCGUAGCCGUAGCCGUAGCCGGAGCCAAAUGGAGUCCUCCUCCCCACGCCACCACCACCACCACCACCACCACCACCCCCCUCGAACCACCGUCCAAACUCCCCAUCAAACGCAAAAGCCCUCACCCCGCCGCCUCCCCGACCACCACCGCCGCCGCGACCCCGCCGCCUCCCCGCCCUCCAAGUUCCACCGGAUCUGGUCCGAGGCCGACGAGAUCCGGUUCCUCCAGUGCCUCCUCGACUGCGCCUCCUCCCAGCGCCUCUCCUUCCCCCGCGACCUCCGCGUCUUCUACCGCCGCUUCUCCGCCGCCUCCGCCGCCUCCCAGCCCUACUCCAAUUCCCAGCUCUACGAGAAGCUCCGCGGUCUCCGCAAGAAGUUCCGCGCCGUCUCCUCCCGCCUCGACCGCGGCGCCCUCGACCCCUCCCGCCUCUCCCCCCAUGACCGCGAGCUCUUCGACCUCUCCGAGAGGCUCUGGGCCCCCAAGUACGCCUCCGUCUCGCCCUUCGCCGCCGGCAAUGGCACUGGCAAUGGCAAUGGCAAUGGCGGCGGCGGCAGCGGCGAUGUCGUGCCUGAUGAUGGGGUUGGCUUGGUAGGCGUUAGGGUUAGUUUCGCUCCGGAGUUGCAUUUGGGGUCGAAAGGCCGGGACGAGUAUGGUAAGGGCGUGAUCUGUUGCGCAGAGGAAGAGGAGGAUGACGAGGAGGAGGCGGAGGAGGAAUGGGAGGAGGAUUACGUCGCUGACGACGUUCACGGCAAUGCAAAUGGUGCUGAUGCCGCUCGUGGCGAUUGUCGUGGAGGCUUGAAGAUGAAAGAGGUGAACGUGGAUUGCGAUUUCGGCGGGCGAGAGGACAGGGUUGUGAUUUCAAAUGAGACUACUGCUGGCUUAGGCGGUGGUGGUGUUGGUGGGAUCGGUGAAUUGGUGAAGAGAGCUGCCCUGGAUGUGUUUGAUCAGUCUUUGGAAGAGGUCAAGGCGGGUUUUUCGCAAGAGCCGCCUCUGCGUUGUUAUUGCAGAUGUAGCUGCCUUUCCGAAAGCCUCGACUCUAGCUUUGGCGCGUUCAAGGAUCGGCCAAGGCAUUUGCUAGAUCAAAGGUCGGCAGAGUUGGACGUUUUCGGUCGACGGUUGAGGAUGAUUAUUGAGGAAGUACUUACCAGGAAGUGAGUAUGUGUUACCUCCUGUAGCUACGAUCUCGGUGUGUGCAUCGCACCGAUGAGUGCAGGUUCGACUUAGCUAAUGUUAAUUAGAAUUGGGAUAAUUUUUUAUGGAUGCAUAGGCAGUUUUUCGAGUGCUUAUAUAACCUAGGAAAUGAGUUCACAGCCCUUCUGUAGAUAGAAAUCUGUUGUCAUUCAUCUAGUCAUAUUACUGUACAUUCCUCUAUCUAAGUGCAUUCUUCACUUAUGUAUCCAUUUUCCUGGAUCACAGAAGGUGGAAGUCAUCUAUCUUGUCAUUGCAAAUGUGGUUACGGUUCACUUUGAUAAGUAAUCUUGAGUUUUUGAGCAUCUUCACUUGGUGAUCGAGUUUGAUGCCUGGGGAAAUUCUGUGUAAGAAAUUCAUGCUCAUGCUUAUUCCUUCCAAGGACAGCAGUUGGAAGGUAAAUGUUGGGGAGAGUAAUUAAGCUAAAUUGAGUGGAUACAGUGCGAGGCUUGAGCUCAUCUUAAUUCAUUUACUUGGUGCUUCUAGCUAAAUUAGUGCUUGAUCGAGCUUUACAUCGAGCACAGAAAUGCUAAAUAAGAAGGAAACCUCAAGAUACAUCUCAAUGGUCUUUCAACAGGACAUAAUCUUCAUUUGUUUUGUUGAUUGGGAAGUAUGGAGAGACAGACGGAACAAGGCCGCUGGUCUCAUGCCGUGGGGGUCUCUUCUCGUGACAACGUCAAUGAAAGGUUCUUGUUGUGAUCCUUUCACGACUAAGGGAGGAUAAAUUGUGAAGGUGACAGACAGGGCUUGCUAUACUCUGCUCUAAAUGAUAUAUAUUGCAUCGUCUCCCAACCGUGCUGUCACGUUGUAUAAAUCUGCACUCUACAUACCUUGACAGAGGAAACAAUCACAUUUCACAUAAUAAAUUUUAAAUGUGCACUA